AGGCCAGGGAGAUGGCCAGGCGAUCUCGGUGCCUCCGAGCCUGGAAGUCUCUGCUCUCUGCAGGGCCGAUCUGGAAGCGAAGCCCUAAGGGGCGGGGCUUCCGCUAGAGACGCGCUGCUACCCGGAACGGUUUUCCCAGGGAAUGCAGUGUAUGCAGUGGCCUGUGCCCUCCAUAAAACGCUGUUGAGCAAAAUUGAAAUGGGACCUAAAGAAGACAGAAACAUGGACUGGCUUCUACCAUGCCAGGCUACAAUUGGGAAGAUCAUAGUAUUGAAGAACAUUGUCAGAGAUCUAGAAGACAUGUAAGGUAUGAAAACGGUCAUAGUGGAGACAAACCCUCUGAAGAUACUCAAUAUCACGAAGUCUUUGCACAUCACAGUAGUCCCCACACAUAUAAAAGUAUCAAUACUGGUGAGGAUUACUAUGCAUAAAUCAAUAUGAUAAUGCCUUUGCACAUAACAGUCAUCUCCUAAGACAUAAAAGAACACAUAUAGGAGAGAAACCUCAUGAAUGUAACCAAUGUGGUAAAGCCUUUGCAUAUAACAGUACUCUUAUAAUACAUAAAAGAACUCACACUGGAUAGAAACCUUAUGAAUGUAAGCAAUGUGGUAAAGCCUUUGUAUGUAGAAGUGAUCUGCUAAAAGAACUCACUGAAGAAUGAAACCUUAUCAAUGUAAGCAAUGUGGUAAAGACUUUGCAUGGAACAGUCAUCUUCUAAGACAUAAAAGAACUCAUACUGGAGAAAAACCUUAUGGAUGUAACCAAUGUGGUAAAGCCUUUGCAUGUAACAGUGAUCUUGCAAGACAUAAAAGAAUUCACACUGGAAAAAAACCUUAUGAAUGUAACCAAUGUGAUAAAGCAUUUAUAGAUAAUAGUGGUCUCGUAGUACAUAAAAGAACUCACACUGGAGAGAAACCUUAUGAAUGUAAACAAUGUGGUAGAGCCUUUUUACGUAGCUGUCAUCUCCUACAACAUAAAAGAACUCACACUGGAGAGAAACCAUAUGGAUGUAACCAAUGUGGUAAAGCCUUUGCACAGAACAGUCGUCUCCUAAGACACAAGAGAACACAUACUGGAGAGAAACCUUAUGAAUGUAACCAAUGUAGUAAAGCCUAUGUAUGUAGCAGUACUCUCCUAAGACAUAAAAGAACUCACACUGGAGAAAAACUUUAUGAAUGUAAUCAAUGUGGUAAAGCCUUUCCAUGUCAGAGUACUCUAAUAAUACAUAAGAGAACUCACACUGGAGAAAAACCUUAUGAAUGUAACCAAUGUAGUAAAGCCUUUACACGUAAUUGUAAUCUCCUAAGACAUAAAAGAACUCACACUGCAGAAAAACCUUAUGAAUGUAACCAAUGUGGUAAAGCCUUUGCACAGAACAGUCAUCUCCUAGUACAUAAAAGAACUCACACUGGAGAGAAACCUUAUGGAUGUACUCAAUGUGCUAAAGCCUUUGCAUGUAGCAGUGAUCUCCUAAGACAUAAAAGAAUUCACACUGGAGAGAAACCUUAUGAAUGUAACCAAUGUAGUAAAGCCUUUGCAUGUAACAGUAGUCUUAUAAUACAUAAAAGAACUCACACUGGAGAGAAACCUUAUGAAUGUAAGCAAUGUGGUAAAGCCUUUGUAUGUAGCAGUGAUCUCCUAAAACAUAGAAGAACUCACACUGGAGAAAAACCUUAUGAAUGUAACGAAUGUUAUAAAGCCUUUGCAUGUAAUAGUAGUCUCCUGCUACAUAAAAGAACUCACACUGGAGAGAAAUUUUAGGGAUGUAACCAAUGUUGUAAAGCCUUUGCAUGUAAUAGUAAUCUCCUAGUACAUAAAAGUACUCACACUGAAGAGAAACCUUAUGAAUGCAAGCAACAUUAUAAGGCCUUUUCAUAUAACAAUGUUCUGUUACAGAAAAGAAUUCACACUGGAGAGAAACCUUUUGAGUGUGCCCAACAUGGUAAAGCCUUUGCACUGAACAGUCAUCUGGUAGUACAUAAAAGAACACACACUGGAGAGAAAUCUUAUGAAUGUUCUCAAUGUUAUGAAGUGUAUGCAUUUCAGAGUAGUUUCUAAAAAAUGACUUACUCUGGCGAAAAAAACUUUGUGAAUAUAAUCAGUGUGGUAUCACCUUUGUACAACACAGUCAUCUCCUAAGUAUAAAAAUGCAUGUUGCAGGAAGUCCUUAUGUAUAUAACCAAUGUCAUAAAGACUUUUCAUGUAAGAGUCAUCUUGAACAAGAAUACUUACUGGAGUGAAACCCUAUGAAUGGAACCAAUGUGUCAAAGCCUUUGCAUGCCAUAAUAAUCUCCAUGUACAUAGAAGAGUACACACUGGAGAGAAACCUUAUGAAUGUAACCCAAGUGAAAAGCCUUUCGACCUAAUAGUAAUCUGCUAUGACAUAAAGAAGACCCACUGGAAAGAAGCCUUAUUAAUGUAAUCUAUGUGGUAAGACAUGCUCUUCACAAUCUUCAAAUUCAUUAAAGAAUUCAUAUUGGCCAGAAAGACUAUGAGUGUAUUUAACGUGGUGAAGCUAUUACACAUUUGUAUACUCUUCAUCAUCGUAAAAGAAUUCCUACUGAUUAGAAACAUUAUAAAUGUGUUAAAAUGUGAGGCCUUUGCACAUAUCUAUAUUCUUCAUCAUCAUAAAAGUUCCAUCAUGGAGAGAAAUUCUGAGAAUAUAAGCAGUAUGUUAUGGCUUUUGUGUUCUUCAGUCCACUGAAUUCAAUACAACUCAAACAAUAAGUCAAUACCAAUGACAAAAACUUAUUGUCAUCCAGGCACUAUUGGUUGAUUACAGCCACAUAAUGUUCUUGGGAGCUGAACUGUGAUACCUACCCACCCAAUGAGCCAGAAAGUUACAGAAGUUCUGAACUUGAAAUUCGUAAACAUCUUUGCUGUUUUACAACUAAAUUAUUUCCAUCAGUCAUGGUUUAAGGAUAUGGCAUUUGUUUAUGUCAUUGAGGAAAUCACCUGAUGCAAAAUGUAGGUUUUAUAGUCAAAACAGUCAUAUCCAUUUGUUCUUUUGUGGUUAGUUAAAGGUAUUAUGUUUUAUGAAAGAGAAUGUGGUUUGAGUCAGUCAUCAUGUUAGGGGAUUAGAAACCAUUAUAUGGAACAGUCACCUUUUGGGGACCAAAAGUUCAGUAAUGAAAGCUAUUGGGAAAUCUACAGCUUUCCUAAGGACUAUGAACUAAAACUUAUGUUCACCCUAUAAAUCAAUGGAGGCUGGUAUCUAAAAGGCUAUACUUAGGGCAAAUUGCUAAACUGUUCCCACAUGCAAAUUGCUCUUACAUGUUUUGCCUGCCAAAGUCAUCUUCAAGUAUAUAAAUGAACAGAUAGUAGAGAGACACCUUACAUAUGUAUUCAAUGUGAUAAAGCAUUUUCUUAAUACAGUUAUCUCCAAAUACAUAAAAGAACACAUACUGCAGUGAAACCCUAUGAAUAACCAAUGUGGUAAAUCCUUUUCAUGGGGCUGUGUUUCAUGGGAAAUCGUGAGAAAAAGUCAUGCUGCAGAGAACCCCCAUGAAUGUAGUUAAGUAUGGUAAAGUUUUCUUUAGUAUGGUAAAGCUUCAAGGUACCAUUAUAGAAGAGUAAAAGCUGUAGUGUGUGGGCUACAUCUUAACUCCUUUGGAUAUCACAGUAGUCUUUUAGAACCUAAAAGAACUCAUUCUGAAGAAUAUCUAUCAGGAUAAAAGUUUUCUUAAGAUCUUUGACCCAUCAAUUUCCUUUCAGUUAUACUAGAUUAUUUGGGAGGAAAAUUCUAACAAGUGUCAGGAAUGUGUGCAUGCAUUUAUGACAUCCAUCCUUAUGUUUCAGUUGUUUCCAAUUGAAAGCUCGUAUGGACCAAAGGCAUAUGGAUUGAAACAAUAAGAUAAUCCAUUUUUAUUUCACAAUUCACUUCAAUUACAUGAAAUAAACCAUCCAGUUUUAAAAUUUAUGUGUGCGUAUUAGUUCAUUUUCUGUGACCAAACACAAUGUCUAAGGCAACUUCCAAAUUUGUUUACUUUGCCUUAUGAUAUGGGAGAGGAUAUGGGAUCAUUUUAAAUUGGGCAAAACAAGUGUCAUACAUGGCAGCCAAAGUAGGAAGCUUGGAGCUCACAACCUCCACCUGCAGCAUGAAGCAGAGAGUGGGAACUACAGAAGGUAUGCAGCUGGAAACUAUCAAGCCCACCCCAAAUAACAUACUUUCUCCAGCAGGGAUACAUUUCUUAAAAUUUCCCAAAUUUCACCAACUGAGGAGGAUUCAUUUCCCUGACUUCAAACCUAUGUGUUUGAUUUCUGUUACAUAAAAGAAUUCAUGAUGAAGAAAACAUUUGUAGAUAAGCCUGUAGUUGCCUCAACACCUGAGUUCAGUAAUGAAUGCUUAUAUAAGUAAAACAUUCAUGAGUAAACAUAUUUGUUUAAGAAUUUGUUUUAAUUUCCAUUAUGUGAUAACAGUUUGUCUCUGCGUGUUUGUGUGCCUGUCCAUUCUAGUUUCCAUGAAGACCAGACCUCAUCUGGUCUUCUGGAGACCAGAUCUCAUACCAGGAAUUAUAGAAAGUUGUCAAAAACCUAACCUAGGUCCUGGGAAUGAAGUUGUCUUAACUGCAAAGCCAUGUCUCUCGCACUGUAAAUAUGUUAAAUCUUUAUAUAUCAUCGUGAUGUCAGGAAGUACAAAAGAAUUCAUAGAAGAGAACAACCCUAUUUAUACAAAAGAGUUGAUUAUUUUGGACAUAAUAUAUUUAUUUUCAAGAAUAGAAACUUUUUUGAAUCUGUUUUUAUCAUAGCCUUGCAGGAAGUAAAUUAUUUACCAUGUCCUCUUAAAUGUAAUGGAGGAGAUCACCAACUGUGAUUGUGGUCUGAAUUUUGAAACAUUGGAGUAGGGAUUGAAUUUGCUGUAUGUGUAGCAAAUCCAUUCACAGAAGUUUAUUAGGUUGUUCUGAUAUUCCUUCUAUGGUGGCAAUUCAUGUUCUAAUGCACUUCAACUUGGUAAUAGGUAUUUUUCUGUACAAUGUAUUGAAUGGGAUCCCCAUCAUCUACGUGGUCCAUUGCUUAUUUAUAUUAGGCAUUGUGUAAUCAUAGUUUUCAAGGAAGGGUCUCUGAGAAUGUGUGGUAUUUUUUUUUAUGUUUUCACAAAUUCAUUUAAGAUGUUUGUUUUCAAUCCAGGCUUCGAUAUCAAUAAUUAAUUAAUGCUUAAUAGUAUGUGUGUGUAUAUAUAUGUAUAUGUUGUUUGAAGUUCCAUGCUUCUACAUGUUCCCAUAUUUAGUAUAUGGCACAUCAUCUUCCUAGAGAUUUAUCUAGCUUCCUUAGAGAGUUUUCUAGCCUUCUUAGAGAUUUAUCUAGAGGUGCUAGUUAAUGUAACAGCAAUGAGAUUUAUUUCAAAACAUGUUGUGUGCUUAGUGGACUAUUCAUUCUUAGGCUAUGACAGAUAUAUGAAGACUGUGUGACACUUUGUGGGGUUUAUUUUAGUCAUGCUUAUAUGAUCUUCAAGUUUAUGUUGUCAGUUUUGCAUAACACAAACUCUUCCCACUGAGCUCAUUGAGAUGAAUAAAACUUAGUUGAAACAUUACAUCAGUACAAUAUUGUAUUUUAUUCAGAGUAUGAAUAUAUUGUCAUCUGAGGAUGGAAGAAUAUAAAAUGAUUUGGAUAAUAAAUGCUACUUGCAAAUGAAAAUUA